UUACAGGGGCGGGGCGAGUUAGAGUCACAUUUACGCUGACUGCCCGAGAGAAGCAUGUGUGCAUAGGUGUCCACGCUGCUCAUUGCUUCAUUAGAUUCAGCUGUAAAAUUGGUGAUUUCAGGAGUUAGUUUACGUGCCGAACAACAGAUACAACUGAGUAGCUGAAUGUUUACGUAAAGUAAGAUCGAAAAAGUGAAACCAUGGAGACUUAGUAGAGGCUAAACGGCUAAAUGCCAGUGAACAGCCCUGAAACACGUCUCCACGUUAGGAGCAAUUCACAAACAGUCACAUAGUACAGAGGAGGCUUGCAGCCAUGGCAGGCAAGGGUCGUGGAAUAGGUGCCUUUACCUUCAACGUCGAGGCUCUGGGCAUCGGCAGGGGCAGCAUGCCAGAAUCCAGGGUGGGGCCCAACCCGCUGUUUCCAAACACAGACUUCAAGCCGGUGCCGCUGAAAGCUGGCGAGGAUGAGGACUACAUGCUGGCCUUAAAACAGGAGAUGAGGGGAACAAUGCAACAGCUACCACACAACAUUAAGGCUCAGUCCAAUAAAGCAGAAGUGGAGAGAUACACCGAGAGAUACUUGAAGCAAAGACUGAUAGAAGAUCAGGAUUGGAGUCCAGACUGGAACCUCCUUCCAAAAGAAUUGAUGCCCAAAAAGAAAAAAAUGUGUGCUAAAAAAGAAACAAAGAAGAAAACUGAGAAGAUAUCAAGCAAAGACGCAGAGGAUAUGCUGAAGAAAUUAGACAACCUGGCAAAGAACGAUGAAGGAAACCCUGAAAAAUCAGACGACGAGACCGAAAAGAAACCCGGGAAUGAGGAGGAAGAAAUUGAAGAGGAAGAAUAUGACGAAGAGGAUGUUGAAGAGGAAAACGACUACAUUGACAGCUAUUUUGACAAUGGUGAAGACGGUGCUGCGGGAAGUGAUGAGAACAUUGAUGGCGAAGCUACAUACUGAGAAAGUAUCGCCCGUGCAAACUCACUGUUGAAGUAAACAAUCAUGUGACUGCCACUACUGGUUAAAUAUUGUAUAUAUGUUGCAAAUAGUGUUUCACAGUCAGUUUUGUUUGAUCUUGAAGGGCAGGCUUUCCUUUGAAGACUUGUGUAAAUAACAAAGGCCAAGCUGCGCACACUGGUAAUAAUUUAUUCAAAAUAGAUUUAUUUAUUUUACAGCCUGAGGCACAUUUGCACAGGUUAAAAAGGCACAUACUGUCAACACAUGUAAUGCUUUUUCAUAAAGUAUCAAGUGAACACAGGAAUACAAUAAAUGGGGUAUGUAACAAAGUCUAAAAUCUCACAAUUACAAAAAUGAGUCAUGGGAAUAAUGUGCAUUUCCCACUUUCCUCA